GAAUAAUUUGCCCAUUCAGCCUUUCAGUCUCUCAAUAAAAUUAUUUCAUUCCUGCUUUUAACAUGAACCCUGUUAAAAUUGUCAGUUAUAAUUUUAGCCUGGUUUUCCAUUCAGUUUACACAGGCCUUGCAUUUGGGAAUUAGGUUAAUGGAUAAGAUUCGGCUUUAGGUUAAUUGAUGAAAUUAAUCAUUAAAUCAGUAAAAUAUAGUUACCAGUCAACUAGGGAAAGACCUUGAGGAUAUGCUAUAUUUUCUUUGUAAUCUGGGGGUUUAACUUCAUUUCUAUACUCUUCAAUAAUACUAAUAAUUGAUGAAAGCCUCACAAAACUCGUGCUUCUGUUUCUUAAAGGGGUUGGUUUAAGGAUGACUUGACUGAUCAUUGGGAAUGUGUUUUUUCUGUGUUUUUCUGUAUUUUGCUUUUCCAUAUCCCUUUGUUUUACUUUCAUGUAAGCAUAAAAAAAGGUUUCAUUGUAGCUAAAUGUGGCAAAAUUACAAAAUCUAUGAAAUAAAUUCACGAUCACAAAUCACUAGAUGGCACUACUGCUGUUAUUUUCACCUAAUUGCAUAUGUUUCUCUUGCCGGUCUAGGUUUCUCCUUUGUCUCUUCAAUUUAGUAAUACAAAGUGUUCUAGUUUGCAAGAAUGCACAAAAAUCUCUCUUUAAGAAGUUAGGCUGAAUUUUUAGGUGUUAGCAGCAAAUUAUGUGUUUGUGGCUUGGACUGUGAAGAAUCACUGAAAAGGCAGUCCAGUUUGACACCCAGCUUUCAUUAGGAUUUGUAGACUGGUCUUACUGGGGAACUUUUUUCCUGCAACUACCCUAAGGGAAGUUGGAAACCCUCAUUGGAAAUGUUGGGGACUGAAGUCUCUAGAUUGCUUGAGGUUUUUUUUUCCCCCAUGUUCUUGUUUCACCCCAGUGAUUUCAUAUUUCUUACAUAUAACUGGUUUCAGGUAGGUCAUUUAGAUUAAAGUGUUAACCAUACAUCCUGUAGGAUCAGUUUUUAUUAUAAGUAGUGCUGGAUUCUUUCAAUACAAUGAGCUAUUAGCUUCCUGUCACACCUGUUGUACUUUGCUUUCCUUUCCCUUUGUGUAUUCCCUCUUCUCAUGUCUUAUCUUUCUCCUUAGCCUUAUUUUUUAAAAAAAAUUAUCUAUGUUUUUUCAUGCAGUACAUGCAAACUAACUAUUAUCUUAAGAAUUCAGUGUAUAGAAAACUGUUAUUUGUGCAGGCUUCAUCUUAGUCUCUACCAGAUCAGGACUUCACAAUGAGAUUGAUGGUUGUGUGAAGGAAUGGGUAAGCUAAAGGGAAAAGAAUAUAGGAGCAUUUAGGCUUCUGGGUUUUCUAAUUGGCAUCGGGGUGAGUAGACAGAAAGGGAAAUUGUGAUUGUGCAUUUUGAAACAGAGGAGGUUGUCUACUCUUCCAAGAAAAGGAAGGGCGAAGUCUUCCUUUUCCCCAGCUCGUGGCAAAACCUCUACUUAUUGUAGUGGAUGAUGUGGGAAAGAGUAUGGGAUGUUUUAGGGUCAAAGGAUUAAAAUUUAAGCCAGAACAGAAGGGAGGUAGCAGUAUGCUUCUGACUGGGCAUCACUCUGAGGGUAUCCAGCUUGCGGUGCCUAGGGGUGCGUACCUGGACCCACAAAGUUCAAGGGAACGGAAAUAAGCCCUGUGACUGGCAGGAUUCGUCUCUCAAGCUUCCAUCUCCUGGCCAGGCGGGAUUUGCAGAUGGUUGCCAUUCCCAGAGAGGCUUACAAGUCAGAGGAGAAAAUGCGACACUACUGAUUUUUGCUUUUUUUUAAAUUCAAAUUUUAAGACAGUUCCAUGUGUUUUUUGGAGUCAGCUGCUGAAUUAUAAUGGUAAUUUUUGCAGGUUUGGGGUUGCUGUUUCUAUUUAAUGCUUAAUUCACUUUUCUUAUUGUAAAGUUAAUACGGAAAAGCAACUACAGAGUUAUUUACAUUUCUGCUAUUUACUAACUUUCCAGAUGUCAGUUAGGUUGCUUUUUGGGGGUUGUCCCCUGCUUCCCCCUCCCCAACUUUAAUAGCUCUGUGAAUCUUUCAAAAAGCUUUGUACGGAGUUUUUGAAAAGCUACACUGUGGAACUUUUUCAGUCAUUUUACAUGGCCAUGGCAUUUAUUUUUAGUAAGCACAUCUCAGCAGUUUUUUAUCAUGGCACUAGGUGAUACCAAGCAGCAAAUUAAAAAAAGCUAUGAUAAAAUAAAAUGUUUCUGGGAGGUUUUGGUCAGCAAAUACUUUAGUUGCACAAAGGAAUAUUCUUUCUCAUUUUGCAUUGUGUAAUUGGAAGAAGAGUGACUUCAGAAAUACUUCUAUGAGGGGGAGUGUAAAUGUGUGUAGCUUGAUUAAAAGACAGAAUCUUAUUAUUACAAAUUCUUCUGCUUAGUGAAGUCUGAUGAAAGACUGCAGUUCCUUUCUAAGGGAUGAUGAGAUGUACUCAUUCUGCAAGGACAGUCAGUUCCUCACCAGGCAAUUGCUGACCCAUCUGAAGAGAAGCUUUUAAAUGAAUUGAAGAGCUUUUUGUAGCUGAAGGAAAAUGAUGGAAGAGAGUGGAAUAGAGACAACUCCACCUGGCACGCCCCCACUGAGCCCAGCAGAGGCUGCUGCUGCCACUGCUACACCUGUCUCAUUAGCUAUGUCCAGUUCCCUUGCUACACCAAGCAUGUCAUCAUCUCCUGCAUACUCGCCAUCUUUGCCAGCUGGAGUGUCUCCACUUCCGUCUCCUGUGAUGACUUCAGCUUCUCUUCCACCUGUGCCUUCUGCAACAGUUUCUACUAUUGCACCGCCUCUAACUCCUGCCCCACCUCCUGUUGUCCCUUCAGCUUUUUGUACCUCCAUAUCCCAGUUCUCUGCACCUCCUCCAUUAAGCUCUACUACUGGCCCUGGUCUUUCUGCACCUCCCACUGGUCCCCCCAUUUCAGGAUUUUCCAUGUCUUCAACCUAUGACAUUACCAGAGGUCAUGCUGGUCGAGCACCACAGAGCCCGCUGAUGCCAUCGUUCUCUGCACCUCCAGUCACAGGCGUUUUGGCAGAUCCUAUUACUCAACAAGCAACUUUCUCAUCACCUUUGGCUCCUGGGACUGGUUCAGCAAUCACUUUUCCUGAGGAGCAUGAAGACCCCAGAGUAUCUACUGCCCAAGGUGGAGUACCUGCUGGAGGACUGUGGGGUUUUAUAAAGGGUGUAGCUGAGAAUCCCAUGGUGAAGUCUGUUCUUGAUAAAACCAAACAUUCAGUGGAGACCAUGAUCACAACACUGGAUCCUGGCAUGGUUCCAUAUAUCAAAACUGGGGGAGAACUGGACAUAGUUGUUACUUCCAAUAAGGAGGUAAAAGUCGCAGCAAUCCGAGAUGCCUUUCAAGAAGUCUUUGGAAUGGCUGUUGUUACUGGAGAGGCUGCACAAUCUAACAUCGCGCCCCAACCUGUGGGCUAUGCUGCAGGUUUAAAAGGAGCCCAAGAAAGGAUAGACAGCUUGCGUCGGACAGGAGUAAUACAUGAAAAACAGCCUGCUGUAUCAGUAGAAAGCUUCAUUGAGGAAUUGCUUCCUGACAAGUGGUUUGACAUUGGAUGUCUGAUUAUUGAGGAUCCAAUUCAUGGAAUUCAUCUCGAAGCUUUUACUCAAGCAACACCAGUGCCUUUACAAUAUGUUCAGCAGGCUAAGAGUCUCACUCCUCAGGACUACAAUCUGAGAUGGUCGGGCCUGUUGGUGACCGUGGGUGAAGUGCUUGAGAGGAAUAUACUGAACGUCAACAGGACUGAUUGGCACAUGGUAUUCACUGGCAUGUCCCGUCGGCAGAUGAUCUACAGUGCAGCUAAGGCUCUAGCAGGAAUGUACAAACAACACUUACCACCCAGGACCAUUUGAAAGAAGGCUGAUCCGUGACGCUAAGCAGUACUGGUUUUGAUUCUAGAAUUGAAGUGAAAGCUACAUACUCUGAAUCUUAGUGGAUACAGCACAGAUCUGUAAUCUAACUGUAAAGCUUUUUAAGAAGCGAAAGUGAUUUCCAAUAGUGGAAAUGAGCAGUUGCAGUUUUUAAUUACUAUAUGAUUUCCCAUAUGAUUCACAAAACAGGAAAUCAGAACAAAGACGUAUUUACAACUGGGACAAAUAGCAUUACAGUUUGUAAAGUGGAAUGUGCUGUUAUUUGACAUCUUACUAGGCAUUUGUGGGGAUAUUUUAGUUAGCAUACUUUUUCAAAGAAGGGGUUAAUUGUUCAGCUAUUCCAAUUCUAUUAGUAAUAUAAACAUGCUGACUGCAUACUAGGCAUUUGUGGGGAUAUUUUAGUUAGCAUACUUUUUCAAAGAAGAAGUUAAUUGUUCAGCUAUUUCAAUUCUAUUAGUAAUAUAAACAUGCUGACUGCAUAACUUCUAUGUUAUACAUGCAUUUCUAUCCAGAGAGACUGCUUUCUGUAUUAGAUGUUUUCUUGGGGCCUGUGCUUAGGUGAUACCUAAACACAUCAUAGGUUUGAUGUCGGUAUAUAUAAAGUUCUCAGAAGUGAUGCUGAGUAACUUUUACAAUACAUAACAGUGAGCUGCUGAAGAAGAGCACAAAUCCAUGCUCCAUUAGUUAAAGUUGUUGCUAAAUAAUUCUGAAAUCUCAUUUUCCAUGCUGCAUCUGUAUUCUUACGUAACAGUAGUGAAAUUCAUGUCCAGGUAAAACACCAGACAAAUUUUGAGUAGCUUCAAUGGGUUUUAGAUCACAUACCACAUACCCAUGAAAUUAUCUCAGUAAUUUCAACAGCAUAAUUUACUCCACUGAUUCCAAACUUCAUGGAAUUCUUUAAUUUUUUUCUGUCAAAAAACUUUAUAUGGAAUUCUAUAAUUUUUUUCUGUCAAGUUAUGGUUGUCAGCAAUUUGAUGUGGAAAAUGGUGCAAUGUGUAUCACUUGCUUUGCUAUCCUGAGAUUUCUAAACAUUUUUAAGUGUUAAAUGCCUUUUUGAUGUCAUGAGCUCAUUGCUUUUCAUAUAAGUCUUCAGUGGUGUCUGAUUUUUUCAUGCCUAUAAAUACCCUCUAUCCAUACUCACACAAUCUUACAUCUUUAUUUAGAAAUACGGAAGUAGUUGUGAAGAACAUAUUUUGGUAAUAAUCCUUUUUUUAAGAAAUGAAGAAUAAACAAAUACUUUUUGUUUGCCUUAAAGAAGCAGUUUUUCAGCUUAUAUUGCUGUGCUUUUACCUUUCUUAGAUGCUUUCAAAGGAAUUUUUAUAUGCAAUAUACUGUUAAGCCAGCUCAUAUUUGUACCCAGUGAAAGCCCAUUUCCAAGUAAUAUAUUUUGCCUUAAUUGGCUUACUCUGUAAAUUAGUUGAAUAAAUGUUUUUCAUGGAGGACUAUA